AUGUACCAAACAACUAAUACACCUCAUCAAAAUACAAUAACAGAUAAUAUAGAGGUUAUUUUGCAAGCAGUAUGUGAUCUAUUAUUGGCAUUUAAUUUGGUUAUUGAAUUCUCUGAUAUU